UCCACACCCACACAUCAGUGGGGUGUUUAUUUCUCCUAACGAGGACUCUGACAUUUUCUGUUCGAUGAAGGCCUCAAAAAAGACGAAAUCUCUGAGCGGCCGUGCAGCUGCAGUGAAGCCUCAGAAGGAUGGAUAUCAUCUCCCAUCUCAUGAUGCCCUGGCACAGAUCCUUCCUGGUUACCGGAGCCUCGACAACGAAGCGAAGGCUGAGCUCCAAAAUGCAACCCAUCAGCAGCAGAGGAGAGAAGCUACACAGGCCAACAAGCCCAAGAUAAACCAAACAUAUCAAGUGCAUCAUCCACAUAAACGACCUCCACUGCAUGAUUUUGAGGGCGAUCCCAUCAUGGCAGAGAUCAACGACCUCCAAACUAAGGAGUUGGAGAACUAUCGCUCGGCCGUGAGUCGGAUGGCAGAAGACAUCAUAGCACUGAGGACACAGGUGGUGACGUUGGAGACAGAAAACAGUCGGCUCCGCACUGAUCUGUCUCUGCACCUGGACCUUGGCCGAGAUCUGCUGGAUGACGCAGACAUCGCCGUCAUGACCAAAGCUGAGAUUGCUGACCGUAUAGCUUCUCUCAAAUUCAAGCUGGCCAGUGAGACCAGUAAAGGGGCGACGCAGAGAGACAGAAUCCAACAGCUACAGGAUGAGCUGAUCAAGAAGAACGACAGAGAGAAGGAGCUGAUUAAACUCCAGCACCAGCACCAGCACCAGCAGCAGGAGGAUCUGCAGCAUCAGAGUUACGCAGCAAAGAUGGCCACAUUGGAGACAACAGUGAAAAAACAGGAAAAGGUCAUUGAGAAGAUGGAGAAAGCAUUAGAGAGUAAACUCAGAGAGAAGAACAGACCAAGUAUUGACAAGGGGCCGGUGAUUGAAAAGCACAGAGGUUCGACUGACUGCAGAACAGAAGAGGUGCAGUCAGCCCUGGCAGCUGAAAACUCUCGUCUACAUGAAGAGCUGGACAGGAUUCGCAAGCAGCCCUUCCCCGUCAUUACAGCACAGACAAAAGAGGUUCUAUCACUCAAGGAGAGACUGAGUUUAAUAAAUAAACUGGAGAUGGCCGAUGCAAGAGUCCAAACACUGGAGGCUCAGCUGGAGGAGAACUCUAAAGUGUGGGGGAAACAGAAACAGGAAAUGUUGACUAAACUAAAUGAGCACAGGCAUGGCUUCAUCGGAACAUCAUCCACCAAAAUCCUUCAUGAUGCGUCUUCAGUCAGUUGAGUUUUACGCAUUGUGCUGAAUUUUAAAAGGUAUUUAACGUGGAAUUAUUUCCCCCACUGUUUGCUACUGCUUACAGAUGACUGUAUCAGAUUCUUACAUCAGCAAAGCACACGGGAACCUGAAAAAUGACCAGUAAAUGAAAUAUAGGAUGA